GGUCAGAGACUGCAGACAUACUACAGGAGAUGGUCAGAGACUGCAGACAGGAUACAGGAGAUGGUCAGAGACUGCAGACAUGAUACAGGAGAUGGUCAGAGACUGUAGACAUGAUACAAGAGAUGGUCAGAGACUGCAGACAUGAUACAAGAGAUGGUCAGAGACUGCAGACAGGAUACAAGAGAAGGUCAGAGACUGCAGACAGGAUACAAGAGAAGGUCAGAGACUGCAGACAUGAUACAAGAGAUGGUCAGAGACUGCAGACAUGGUACAGGAGAUGGUCAGAGACUGCAGACAUGGUACAAGAGAAAGAAUAAAAGGCA